AUGACCAACUUCAAGAUCCUCUUUACCUUCCUCGCCAUGUUCAUGUUCUCCAUCCAAACUGUCAUGGCCCUCCCCGGCAAUACCAAAAGCGUCACUUCUACUGCCGUCGAUGACUACGAGACUGGAAACCAAAAGUCUCCUGCUCCAGCUAAAGAUGAGCCUUUCGUACCAACGCGGAAGGUAUUGCCAUGGUUCUUGCAACAAGCAGAAAAGCUGUAA